UGUGGGAUUAAGUUAUUGGUUAUCUUUUAAACCAGUCGGACUUUUGUCAAUAUUACAGCAUUAUUUUCUUUGUUGUCUCUUACAUUAAUUCUUUCCAAUCGAUAUUUGUGUAAAUAGAAUGACAUGUGACGGAAAAUAUAGCAAGUUGGUCUUCUAGCAGCUAGGUUAGAAGCUGAGGAACGCAAACUUUGUUGUGGUGUCAUAUAACCAAAUUUUCAAUUAGGCCUAGGCCUACACGAAAAUGGUAAAAUCAGUUGUGGGUUUCUAAUUAAAAUAACUGACUAUGGUGCGUUUACAUUAAACAAAAUGGAUUACAGCCAAUUCAUUAAAGUUUAUGAUGUUAUCCACAAAGACCCUGUUAGGUGUGCUGUUGAUAAAGAAACAAGAGCAGAAGACAUAGUGAUUGACCUGUGCCAAAGGUAUAAUAUAAAACCUGUUGCUCGACAUCUUUUUGCUUUGCGCUUUCACAAUACUAAAGAAUGGGUCAGUCCACUUGUAAAAUUAACAGACUCUAAAAUAACAAUCUUUGAUUUUAGAUUAAGAUUCAAAGUGCCAGACUUCAGUAAGCUAAGAGCUAUUGAUGGAGAAGCAUACAACUUCUACUUCCAUCAAGCAAGGUCCGAUGUUUUGAACAACAAUGUACCAGAUAUAAAUUGUGAGAAAAAUAAGAGUGAGCUUUUAGGAAUGGGUGUUGCUGAUAUGUUUAGAGUUAUUUUAGAGACUGGAGCAUCAAGAGAAGCAGUCGAAAGCGAUUACAAAAAGUAUAUUCCAAAGGAAGUUUAUAAUCAACACUUUUUCUAUGCCAAAAAACCUAUGCAUGAUUCCUUAAAAAUUAUAGAGAAGAAUGCAAAAGAAGGAAAAUAUGAUGCCUGGUUUGUCAAGGACCAAUACUUGAAGCAGCUUGAGGCCUUAGCUCCAAGUUACUUGAGCGAGGAGUACAAAGCUUUUGCUGACGAAGGAGGGACAAUCAGAGGAAUAAAUAUUCAUAUUAAUCCAUAUGAAAAGGAAUAUCCUGGAAUAAAGUAUCUUUCUGAUGGACAGAAAGAGUGGGUGCAUGUUUGCUCCAUUGAAGAACUAUGCUUUAUAACAGUCAGGAGUGAUGGAAGUAUGGAAAUCGCACGCAAGACAGGAAUCCCAAUCUAUUUUAAGUUUGUCUCCAUAUUGAGUAUGUUUUCGCUGGUCAGUCUUCUAGAUGGUUACUACAGACUUGGCGUCAAAUGGACUUUCAGUUUGUCUAAGGACUUGCCGACUCCUUCUCUAGAGAGGCUGCAUUCCAUCAAGUGCCAUGGGCCUGUCGGGGGAGAGUUCUCGUACAAUAAACUGCAAAAGCUUCGAUCCAAUAAACCUGGAUGCUACAUCCUACGGGAAAGCGAACUAGCCUAUGAUCAUUAUUAUCUAGAUGUUUGCACAGAAAAUAGUACAAAGCCGACAACCUACAAGAUCGAGAGACGAGUGGGAGGCGGUUAUACUUUCAACGGAGAAGACAAACGCUACUCAACAAUACAGGAACUUCUUGCAGCCUUGAGAUCAGCUGAGAGCUCAGUGAAGUUAGUCGAGUGCCUGCCACCUUCUGAAUAUGAUGUGUCGCCGUUACUGCUGUGUCGGACCGACAAGGAGAUCUACGAGCAGACUGAUGAUGAGGAUGGAACGGACUCAAUGUGUCCUGUCACUCACUUCAUAGACCCCCGCGAACUGCAGCUGUUCAAAGGCCAUACAAAAGAGCACCAAGGACGGAUAUCUGUUGUUUAUCGUGGUGUUUGGCGACGGAAGAAAAGGAGAAAAGUCGAUAUUGCGUUUAAAGUCUUCAAGUCUGAUCAUCAUAAAGUGGAGGAGAUGCUGGCUAUGAUGGGAGCCUGGGCCUCAGUGCAGACCCCCUCCCUGGUCAGACUGUGCGGCAUCACUCUCAACUCUCCCUUGGGCCUGGUCAUGGAGCUGCUACCUCUGGGACCCUUGGACUCCUACCUGAGACAUCACUCCAGACAUGUGAAGGAGGUGGACCUAGUGGAGGCGGCCAACUACCUGGCCACUGCACUUUGGAACUUGGAGGAGGCGGGAAUGGUUCAUGGUAACAUACGUUGCCACAAGCUGCUGGUUGCCGCUCACACUGACACAUCAUUUGUAGUGCGAUUGUCCGAUCCUGGCCUAUCAAGGAACUACACAGACCAAGAUGUGCACUGGCUAGCACCGGAGUGCUACCACUUGAAAGACAACACACACAAGACAACCGGCUCAGAUGUUUGGGCGUUUGGAACGACACUUUGGGAAAUAUUCACCAAGGGGCAACAUCCCACUGUCUCCGAACCAGAUCUGAGAAAUUUUUACCUGAGUGGCAGACACCUGCCUCAGCCGAGGAGUUGCUCCAGUGACGUGUACCGUCUCAUGCUGCAAUGCUGGACCUUGGACCCUCAGAGACGCAAGACCACCCAGGAGGCCAUGCGAGACAUAAACCAUCUCCUCUAUCAAGUGUUCAACUCACGACGGAUGCACUCUUACUCUGUGGCGACACCUCGUAGAUUCAAGUCGGACAACAAUAUAGACUCAGUAAGCUUCUCAGCGUCCAGUGAGAGAUCGACCAUCUCAUCCAACCUCACCAUGGACAGUGGCAACAGCCUGAUAGACUUCAGCAAGCAAUGGGGAGAGAGCUCUUGGCUGUUGGCUGCCUCACAGGAGUUGCACCAGCUGGGAGAGAACCAUUCUCCUGACAUGUCUGUCAUGUUGUCACACCUGGACUUGUCUACCAACACGACCAACAUGUCACUGGACAGUGUCUCGUCGCUGCAGUGCAUCUUUGAACUGGAGGCUGACUGCAAUGUCGUACUUCAGGGCAGGAUAGGCCAGGGGUUCUACGGUGAGGUGUACAGAGCUACACUGGAACAGAUGGACAAGGACUGUGAACCCCAGCUGGUAGCAGUCAAGAAACUCAAAGCUGACAGCAUCAGUGCCAACCGCGCGGACUUCGAGAGGGAAAUAGACAUCAUGAAGAGACUGAAGCACGAGAACAUUGUGGAGAUCAAGGCUGUGAUCAGUGAGCCAGAGGUUAGCCUGGUGAUGGAGUUCAUUCCCCAUGGUUCACUACAGUGCUACUUGAAGAUCAACAGAGACAGGCUGAGGCCCGAACAAUUGCUCAAGUUCGCUCUGGACGUAGCCAAGGGGAUGGAUUACCUCGGGCAGAAGAAAAUUGUUCACCGAGAUUUGGCUGCAAGAAACAUUUUGGUUGCUAGUGAAACUCAUGUUAAGAUAUCGGACUUUGGGCUUGCUCAAGUCAUGGGCACAAACGACUACUACAUUCUCAAGACGAACAGGGAACUUCCUAUUAAGUGGUAUGCGCCGGAGUCUCUACGAGACGGCAAGUUCUCAACACGCUCGGACGUCUGGUCCUACGGUGUGACACUGUUUGAGAUGUUCUCGUUAGGACUAGAUCCGCAACUGCCUUCGCUGGUGGACAGCACUGACCAGGCUCAGCUGUUGGCGGCUCUGGAGGCCGGAGUGAGACUACCAUGUCCUGCGUCCUGUCCGCAACACAUCUACGUUACUGUCAUACACCCUUGUUGGCAACUGGACAGUCAGACUAGACCAACCUUCCGACAGUUGGCGCAGACUAUACAACAGCUCAGGUCUACAUACUUGUGUGCCAACUGAGCGGUUAGAGCUAACCUUCAGUAUAAAGGUCACCAGUUCGAUCCCAAGCGAGAUCGGUUUUGUCAUUUGGAAGUGGGUAACGAGUUAAGGGUGCCAGCAAAAGGUUGACGUUAGAUAGUAAAAUGACCGGGUUUUGAACAGUUUUAUUAAAAAGUAACGAAAAAACUGACGAUUGCGUCAGUAAAUUAGUGAUGGGAAAUACCUUUUUGCAAUAACAGUCAAAAAGGUCUCCUAGCUUGCUAAUAGGUGAAAUUGCACUAUUAUUUUUGUCACCUAAUACUUUCUCGUCAAGGACGUUUCAGCCAGAUUGUUGUUAAUAAGAAGACACAAUCAUGAACUCGCUUAUUCUAUCAGUUCAGACAACGUUACUAUAAUAAGAAUAUUAUAAUAUUACCAGUAAUCUAUUACCGAGGUAUUAUUAUUUCACGAUGCUCCCCAUUACGAGGAACACAUGAUCAGUGUAUUCUGUCACUAGUUUUAACAGUUCAGUAUGAUGUAGCUAAAAUAAUCAUAAUCUCAGAAAUCUCUUAUCAAGGUACUAUAUUAUUUUGUGAUGCUCAAUGUUAAUUGGAAAACUUAAUCAACGUAAUUUCACUCGCUCGCUUUAACAGUUGAGUAUGAUGUUACAAAAAUAAUUGUAUUCUUAGUAUUUCAGAGGUACUAUAAUUUUGUAAUGCUCGCUGUUAACAAAAGACGUGAUCAGUGGAACAGUUAUUUCAUGCUCUCGUUUAAACAGUUCAGAUGACGUUACUAAAAUAAAAGGGUAUUGUCAGUAAUCUAUUUUCAAGGAAUACGUGACAUUUUAGUAAUAGUAUUAUUUUACCUAUUACAUUAAAUAACACUAAAAAAAACAAGAAUCAAUACAAUGAAGAAAAUGUCCAGUUUAUGGUCUUCAGCCCAAAAUAUGUCUAGACCUUUUAUUUUUCUCCAAAAAAUCCUAAAUGGCUAGCUAUUAAAGUUAAACAAAACUAUUUUUAUACAUACCUUUGGUGUUGCUGUCGACUUUCUUAAAAAAGAAAAAAAAACUAAGCUAUUUAUUAAUACUAUUGUUAAUUGGUUUUGAAUGCUUCAUUUAUUGUCCAAUUUAAUCUUAUAGGUGCUCUAUAAUGGUUGUUAAAUGUCUAAUACAUCAAUGUAUGUUUCUUAGCAUUUUUAGUACAUAUAAUAUUGUUAUGAUUAUAUUUUAUAUGUGUUUUAGGUUGUUAAUGUUUUGUUACGCUCAGUGUACUCACACAAUCACUCUUGCAUCCAUGUUACAUGCCAAAAUUUUCAAUGCUGAGGUUGAAACAAUAACGCUAAAAAAUUUAGUAUAUUGUGACGUCAAUCUAAUUGAGUUCAAAAUAAGUUUAUAUAAUUCAGAUAUUGGUAAAAUAAAUGCAAUUUGCUAACGUUUUUGCUAAAAGAAAAAAC